AUGCCAAAACAAAUAACUGACAUUCGAAAAUUUCUGAAAAUCAGCAGGAAGCCAGAUACAACGGCUGUUAUCAUUAUGAAGAAGAAAAGCAAAACAAAGAAAAAUACAAUAAUUACCAAGUUAAAAUUAAGAACAAAAAAGUACUUGUAUACUAUGGUUUUUUCGGAUAGGAAGAAAGCAGAGAGAAUUGAAAAUUCUCUACUACCAAGUCUUAAACGAAUUUACUACCCACAAAAGAAGGUCAUAAAAACAGCAAAGAAGUGA